AUGCCACGUCAACCUGCUCAACAAGUGACGUAUGACCAGAUGAUGGCGGAGUUGCAGCUCGAUUCCGACGAAGACGAGCGUGAAGAAAAAUAUCAAGAGCCACGCCAAGAUCGGAGGAAACGCGACGCUCUUGAAAGACACCAGCGAGCGACGCCACCAUCUCCAAGACCCGAAGAAAAGCCCAGUCGUGCGCGCAAGAAGGACGAGCAGCACAUUGAAUCGACGGGUAGUGAGGUAGAAGCCAAGGACAGGGAUUCCAGACGACGACGGCUUUCUUUCCCAAGCUCAAACACGAAACCAUCGUCGAGAAGCGAUAGCAGCAGCUUCGGUCGCAGUCAUAACUCCGGAGGCACCAUCCCAAACGACUCAGACGAUUCCGAUCAAGAACAUGAAGCACCUGUGGUCAAUGCCAAUAGCGAAGUCUUUGGAGCAGCAAGCAUCUGUAUCAUUGAUAAGGGCUUAUCUGGUCCAGCGGAGAUUAAAGCGUUGCGUUCAUUCGUGAUGCGAGCACCUGCACAAGGCACCGCUGCAAUUCGAUGCUACGUUGAACGCGAUCGUCAAGGUCUCAACCGCUUACAUCCUGUUUUUCGUCUCUAUCUCGAGUCCGGGAAGCAGUUUUUGUUGUCUGCGCAAAAGCGAGUGAGUAGCAAGACGUCGAACUAUCUGCUCACAAUGGAACAGAAUCCCACCACUCGACGCAGCAAUCUCAUCGUAGGAAAGCUGCGAGCCAACUGGUCCGGUUCCGAGUACACAGUGUACGAUGGCGGCAUGAGUCCAAGUAAAACUGCUCUGGAAGCGAAUGUUCGCAACAUUUUAGGUGCUGUCGAGUUCUCCUACGACGACAUGGGACCAGGAAGACUGGCUGUGCAGAUUCCACACGUGCAGUCGAAUGGCACUGCAUCAAUAUGGAAAGAUAAACCAACUGAAGCAAGUAAUUCGGACGCGGAGAGGCUGAUGAUGUUACACAAUAAACGACCUCAUUUCGACGAGAAAACGGGUGGCCACGUGCUGGACUUUGGGGGACGAGUCACUAUGCCUUCCAUCAAGAACUUCCAGAUGAUGUGUGACACUCUCGGAGACGCCACAGUAUUGCAAUUCGGCCGAGUUUCCUGUCAACCUCCAGGACCUCGAAGACAGUGCAAUUGCCACAAGAGCACGUUCACUAUGGAUGUCAAGUAUCCGCUGAGCCCACUGCAAGGGUUCGCCAUCUGCCUCGCCAGUCUCGACACCAAGUUCACGGAUCUCAAGCUGUACGAUAAUGUGUCCAAGCUCAUCAAGAGGAAAUAA